AUGCCCACUAACCAGCCCCCCUUCAUCUCCUGGGCUCUAGUGGAACAACCCACAAACCCAACAGACGUCCCAACCCGGGCCCAGCUAAUGCGGCGGCACGGCCUAAUAGUAUCCGACGAAACCCCCGACAUAAUCACGAUCCUCCUCGACAUCCCGCGAGACGAAGAGAAGAAGGAAAAGAACUUCAUCCUGACAGUCCUUCGAAACAUGAUUGAAGUCGUGCAGAUGCGUCUCGUUACCAAGGAAUUCGCGAACCCGCACGAGGCCGUGGAUCCCCGGAACAGCCGCGCCAUUGUCACGGCGAUCACGGAUAGCCCGACGCCUUUUGCGGUGUACAAGGAUAUCCAUCGGGCGUUGGUGUCGUUGCGGGAUAGUCUGGCGGAGAAGGAAGCGCGGGGGGAGAUUCUGGAGAUGGAUGAGAAUUGGGUCUAUUUUGAAGGAUGCAUAAGGAUGCAGUGGGUUGAGGGAGUGGUUCCGUUAGAGAGGCACUAUAAUGCCCCUGUUUCUGAUCCGCGGUGGAGAGAUGAACUGGGGCUUAGCAAGAUGCCCGGUUGA